AUGACGGAGCCGACAAAGGCACGCUCACCUGAGAGGAUGGAACAGGAGGCCGCUCAACCGUCCGCGAACAAGUGGAUUGCGGGGGUUGCGACGAGGUACAUGGCCGGUUACAUGGAAGAAAUCGAGAAGCGGAUCGAACUCGAGAAGCGUGUCUGCAAACUCGAGAAGCGUGUGAAGAGGAUCAAGGAGUUGAAAGAAGAGAUCGAGGGGUUGAAGGAAGCGAUCGAGGAGAGGAAGAUGCUGCUGAAGCAGGAGGAGGAGAAGGGGUUGGACAUCUUGUUUGGUGAAGGCGGAGGAGGAAGGAUUGGACAUCUUGGUUGCUGA